GGUCUGUGCUGUUUCCUCCCAGCAUGCUUCAGGGCCCAUCCAGGUUGUAGCAGGAGUCGGCACUUCAUUGCUUUUGUGGCUGAGGGUCUCUUAUGUGAGGGUCUAGUUUCUCCAGAUCUUCUGAGAUCAAGGCUCUUGUCUGCCUUGCCGUUUGCUCUGUGACCAGCACCAGCCGGGCCUGGCACAGAACUGGCUCUUAACAGGUGUUUGCUGAGUGAGUGAGUUAGGUUCUGAGCAUCUGUGGGUAGAGGCCAGAUGAAUGCUGGUGUCGAGGGAGAAGCCUUCGGGUUGGUUUCCAUCCCCGCGGGCGCAGCCUGAGCAGCGUGUCCAAAAUUAAAAUGCCCAUGUUGCGUAGCUCUGCACACGCGCGCGUGUGUGUGUGAGUGUGUGUGAUGUACGUGUUACAUGCUUGUCUGUGUGAUGUGAAUGUGUGUACACACACAUACACACACAUAAAUGAAUCUCACAUAAAUGAGGUGAGCUUAGGAUACAAAUAAAAAUACAUUCUAAUUUGUUGGAAUAAAUUCUGAUACUAGUUAGAGUUUUAAAGGACUGGUAGUAAAAAAUGAAGAAUUUUUUCAAGUAUAAAACUUUGAUAAAAGCAAAAUAAAACUGAGCUUGAGGGAGAACAGAAAGCCCCUUGGAGUCCCACACCUAGAUAUAAAGAUUUUGUUCACACCCCCGAACACCGCACUUCACCAUGCUCUUUCUGGGCUCCAUCUGCAGGGGGCAGCAGGGACCGGGAAGCAGGUGGAGGGGGCGGGAGGAGGCCUCUUCCGUCAGCCCGCCUGGCAGCAGGAGCCUGGCUGCAACCCAGAUGGCAAAACAGAAGAGAAAAGUUACUGAAGUGACAGCGAGAAAGAAAAAAAAACUGAAGGCGGCCGCAGAAGACGUGCCGGGGGCACCGGCAGCUCCGCCGGGCGCAGGGGAAGCACCCGCCCAGGGAGCAGCAGUGCUCGGGACCCUGUCCCCAGAGGAGCGGAGGGUCCUGGAGAGGAAGCUGAAGAAGGAACGGAAGAAGGAGGAGCGGAAGCGGCUGCGGGAGGCGGGCGUUGCCACGGCGCAGAGCUCACUGGCCAGGCGCUCCGGGGCCCAGCUGGCCCUGGACUACCUGUGUGGCUGGGCCCAGAAGCAGGACAACUGGAGGUUUCAGAAGACGAGGCAGACCUGGCUCCUGCUGCACAUGUACGACUGUGACGAGGUCCCCGACGAGCACUUCCCCGCCCUGCUGGCCUACCUGGAGGGGCUCAGGGCCGCCCGCGAGCUGACGGUGCAGAAGGCAGAGGCGCUGAUGCGGGAGCUGGACGGGGGGCCCGGCGCAGACCCCCGGCUGCUGGAGAAGACCCAGCGGAUCCGGCAGGUGCUGCAGCUGCUCUCCUAGGGGCGGCCGGCGGGCCUGGGACUCCCAGGCACCCGGCCCUUGGAAGGACUGCCCCCUCCUGACUCCCUGGCCAGACUGUUGGGAGGUGGUGGUGGCUCUAGUCUCUUCGCAUUAGAAUGCGGUCACUCUGCAGUAACCUGGCCUCCAGGGGCCCCCAGGAAGUUGCUUACUGAGGGAAACGUCUGUUUUUCUACUGGGAACAUCGUAGAGACCAGCCGGAGCCGGCCCCUCCCGCCAGCUGUGGUCCGUCAGUGGGUGGGUUUGGGCCCCACGUCGGUCUGGCAGUCCCUCUGGUGGUGCAGGCCUCCCAGUCCCCUGCCUGCGCCCACCCAGGGCCCAAGCUGAGGCUUGUGCCCCUUCCUCCUCCCUCCUCGGGCUAUGCCACGGCCUUGCUGACCAGUUACAGGGAAAACCUGGGUGUGUUUUCAAUAAACACCAGCCUCUGGAGGCUGUGGCUCUUCUCCCGC